GUUAAUUAUAAGCUAGUAUUAUCUUAUAAGAUGAGAAUAUACUCAGUUUUUCAUAUCUUACUGCUGAAAUCAGUAGCACAGGAAAUAUUAGCAGAUAAUACAGCAGAAGUAGAAAACAAUGAAUCAGAGUAUAAGAUAGAAAAGAUUCUCAAGUAUAGAAGCAUAGAUAGCACAAGGGAAUAUCUUAUCAAGUGA